UCAAACAAGCCUCAGAGCGGAGCUUCGAAAGCUUUACAUCUCAGUAUCCAGCAGCACAUCACUAGUUUGCUUUUCUUUCGAUUUCUUUAUGAUCAUAAGACCAAGCAAAGGUGCGGAUGGUGAGACAAUGUCGAAAGUGGUGAUCGCGUACGGGUGGGAAUGCCAGCAGUGAGGAAGUUCGCGACAUGCUGAUCGGCUUUAAAUUUGAGGAGGCUUUCCAAUUUCACAUGUCCAUACACUGAAGUGUCUAAUGGCCUCCAGCUCAGGCUGAGACAGGAAUCUGAGAAGAGAAGCUCGGACACUUAAAGAGAGAGAAGAAUUUCCCACAGAGAAUGGCCUCAGAGUGUGUGCGUGUUAAGCUGGAGGAUCACGAAGAAAGAAUUUCAGUUUUUAAAGUGGAGGAGGAGUGCAAGGGGGUGACUGCUGCCAUUAAAGCUGAGGAUUUGAAUGAUUUCUCCGGUAGUUUUGAACUUCAAAAGCAUGAAGCUGAGGAUAUUUUCAAGCAAGAGGCCUGUGAAGAAUCUCCAUCCAGUUUACAGCCCUGGUCCACUAAUACAGGACGACUGGCAACGCAGGAGAAUUCUGCAGAGCUGAAAACAGAGUUAUCAGAGUCUGAAGAGAAAAUCACCGAAGGAAAUGGGAGAGAAGGAGAAGAGUCACCUGGGAUUGUUGGAAUAAAUUUACAGAAGAACAGCAGCUUCUCUUCACCUUCAUUUGGUCAGACGUCUCCUGUACACAGAGAGAAAGGCAUGAAGAAAUCAGCAAGAGGAUCAGAGAAGGUGACAGCAGCCUUUUUGCAGUACAGUUCUCUCCCUGCUACUGGAGUAACACAGACAGAAACCAUCAAAACUGAUCAACAGCAAAAUGUGGUAAGUCGUUCUCAAGGAGAGGCCAUCUUCAGGACCACAGAAAAAUCCACACAGGAGAAAAACCUUAUUGCUGUCUAG